UUCUCUGGCCUAACAUUUUCAACUUUCAAAUCUGUAGCCAAGUUUUAGGCAAAGACACUUAGAUGGCGACUAUGGCUGAGGAGCAACGUGUGCCAGUUCCAGGUGAUAGCAAGGACAGAAAAUGUGACGAUUUUACCGCACUUUAUUCCAUGGAUACCCCAUCAUCUGCAGCACGGACACUUACAGACCACAACGAUUCCUUCAGAUGUGGUCCAGAGGGUGCGUUUAAAAAAUUGAAACCAGACGGGGCAGCCGGCGGCGGCAUUACCAGCACCACGAAUUCACAUCACCCAGCCACCUGUCCCACCCCAGCUAGGCGGCGACAUCGGACCACCUUCACCCAAGAACAGCUACAGGAACUCGAAGCGGCAUUCGCAAAAAGUCACUAUCCAGAUAUAUAUUGCAGGGAAGAACUUGCCCGGGUUACAAAAUUAAAUGAAGCCAGAAUACAGGUCUGGUUCCAAAACCGCCGUGCCAAAUACCGAAAACAAGAAAAACAGUUAGCCAAGUCCUUGUCGCCAGUCAUUCCGACUUGUAACGGAAUGAUGAGAAACAUCUACCCCACCUCCUCCCGAGGUUACCCCUACCCAACGCACACCAACGUCAGCAACAUGAAUAUGAGCAGAUACCCCCAGAUGAACACCACCUAUCCACCGGUGGCACAGUUCUCCAGCAUGGGCAGUAUGGGAGGCACCAACAUGCACGGGAUGCCUAGACAAGUACAACAGAUUUCCAUGCCAACAGAAUACAACUUGGAUACACACGAAGACGACUGGUACAAUAAAAGUCUGCGGGCUCUCAGUAUGAACAACACCCAUCCAGGCCUUUCGAACCCAGUGUUACAAUACCAGACAUAAGCACCUCAAAUUUAUAAACUAUCGGUUUUAUACAACAUUUCAUCGAUCAUGAGUAUGGAAAGUUGACGACGGUAUACUCUUAAGCCAAAGGUUUUCGAGAUUUUUGAAAAACAUUUUAGGGCCAUUUUGCACUAAUGAGCAUGCCAUGGAGGUUUUCUUGGCAAUGAAAAACCAUUCGAGGCGCUUAUUUCUGUUGGCUAAAAUCACCUGAAAGCUUUUUCAAAAGCUCAGACACUCAAAAAAUUGAGAGUGUGCCGUACACACACACAUUCGGGAGGCGUUUCACGCGAAAAAAGGCAUCUGAUCUAUCACCGACACCAUGGCCAAAGAACUCUCCCAAAUGUGCCUUUGCUUGUGAGGACCAAUACAAGCUCGGACUGUGUUGAGGGAGAUUAAGGAAGUGACGUUGAUGACUGUGCAAUAUUCGUGUCCGGGAUUCGUGUCCGGCCAUGUCUAGGCUGGAAGGACUGUUACUCGGCUCAAAUUAAAAAAGAAAAACUAACCUUCGUCAGAGUGGGGAAACUUCGACAGAUUCAGAUUCGUCGUACUAUAAGUACCAACUCUGCAAGAUGCCGCUGACCGAUGACUCACCCAACACUGGUUACGACCACAAGUUCUUGGUUUGUGCAAGAGCGGGUCGAGGACCACCACACCGCAGAACGACGUACAUGUACGACCAUUAAAGGUCAAUCGUCAUACGGUACGUGCUUUCAUCGUUUUUCAGCGUACGGCAGCGUCCUGCUCUGGUUAACGACCCAGGGAGUCCUUCACAUGCAGCACCAUUUGAUGUGCAAUAAUAUUUGCUAUUUUGUCGCGGGUAUUUUGUGCAAUAAUUGAAAACAUGUUGAAACAGAAUAUUGCCAUUAGAAGCAGAAUUCAUUUCAUGUUAUUGUUAUUUCAAGUCUCUCAAACAAAGUGUAUGUAGGACUAUAUUGCGGGUUUCAUUUCUAGUGGAAGUUCGUUGUAGAUAUUAACUAAAGGUAUAUACCCCAGACUCGAAAAAUACUCAAGAAAUUGCGUGAUCUUUUACUGGUAAAAUCUGAGCAACAAAAUCAAAAUUCAUCUGUCGAUUCAAUGAGGCUAUUCUAAAGUUUUCCAAAAGUUAAGUACCGGUGUAAAAGUUAGAAAUGUAGGCUACUAAGAAUGGAAAGAAAUCUAUCCUAUUAUACCAUAAUCCGGCAAAAUCCAAAAUGGCCGGACAUUUUCGACCGCUACACCGGUAUUUGAGGGGGCAGAAAAAGAGAAUAUUAGUAUUGCAAAAGCUGAUUGAUUGGGAAGAGCCUUGGCUGGUUGACAGUAACAAGGCCAUUACAGCAGUAAUCGAUCGCUUGUAUCAUUUAUUUAUUUAUUUAAGUUGAUGUAAAUAUCUGUAAUAAGUAAUUUAAAAUUCGUCUUGAAUAUCUGUAAACUGUGCUGUCAGUAAACUUUGUAUUUGUAUGGUCACGUGACUUAGAUUUGUACGAGAAUGUCUGCAGAUAGUUAUUUUGUCCUGCAAGAUCGAUUCAGAUCAAGAAAGCAUUAUGGUCAAUAUCGGCCAUGUAUCCCUUACUGAGUGCAAUGUUCAUGUCUAUAGCACGUUUUGUAUACCUGCACGUAACCUGGCCGCCAUCAUCUUGCCUUUUGCAUGGAGGCUUGGUCUGGGUAAGGAUCGCGUGUGAAUUUUCUGUUCAGACGUGCAUGCAGUCGUGUUAAAUCAUGUUAAAGAGGGACAUUACAUUUUGUAGUAUUGGCUCUAUUUAGUAAAAAGUCAUAAUUUUAUUUCAAAGAAUCAAGCUCUUUUUAUUAAAUUGCCCAAAGCAAACCCCGGCCAUUGUAUCUUUUAAGGUAAAACUACAUGCAGAUACCUUUCUCCACCGAGAGCAACUAAAUUAUUUUUUUUGGCCUCUGGUCAGUGGUGGCUUUGAAUCCAACGGAUCUGUUGGGCAGUAUCGGCUAACAAUUUCGAAAAGUGAACCAAUAACCUGAUGGAAAUUCAGGCUCAGAGCAAUUCUGAACUAGUCAAUAUUAUUUUGUAAAUAAAUCGUGUGCCACUUAAUACGAAAAAUAUAUAAGGAAUUUAUAAUGAAAGAA